UCGGUCGCGUUGCUCAGCUGCACAGAGAGAGAAGCCCGGUUUAAAGAGCUGUGGUUCAGUUAUGGUUUUAGGUUUAAAGCUGGCACCGUGGAGAGAAACAGAGUUAUCUCAGAAACAAGGAGCUUUGCAUUUUAAAGUUUGCAUUAAGUGAAGAGUUAAAGACUGAAGGUGAACAGGUUUAGGUUUAACAGAUGCAAAGAAAGGCUUAGGUGAAGUCAAAUCAAGGUGGUUUAUGGUGAAGCAUGUCAUUUCCUGACAUGAGGUUUGAACUUUGAGCCGUCGGUGGAUGUUGUCGUUGCUUGUCUGGCAGAGGAGAGCGAUGACCGAGCACCUGCUGAAAAUACUGGUUGUUGGUGAUGGAAACGUUGGGAAAACCUCCUUUGUGCGUCGCUACGUCAACGGACAGUUCAACAGUUCAUACAAGAUGACAGUGGGAGUGGAUUUUUCUGUUAAGGUGCUGCACUGGUCGGACAAAGAAAAAGUCAGACUUCAACUGUGGGACAUCGCAGGCCAGGAGCGUUUCAUUUCCAUGACCAGGAUCUAUUAUAAAGGCGCGCUGGGCUGUGUUGUGAUGUUUGACGUCACCAGUUCAGCCAGCUUCCUUAGCUGUCGCCGUUGGAAACAGGACCUGGACAACAAGGCUAUGCUGCCCAACGGAGACUCCAUCCCCUGCAUCCUACUGGCCAACAAGUGUGACCUGGCUGAGCGCGUCGUGUCAGCAGAGAGCAUCGGCAGGUUCAGCGAGGCCAACGGCUUCAUUACAUGGAUGGAGAUCUCGGUCAAAGACAACAAGAACGUCGGAGAGGCCAUGAGGAGGUUGGUGGAGGGGAUUUUCCUGAUCCAGUCCGGUCAGGACACGUUCCAUCCCAGAUCUAAAGGCAGCAUUCAUCCUGAAGCAGACUCCUCACAGUGCAACAGCAGAGUGGGCUGCGGCUGCUAAAACGCUGCGUUCACAACGGACAAGGUCCCACUGAGCAAGGCACUUCAACCCUCAGGUACUCUGAGGAGGGGUAGUGUCACCAGAACAAUUCUGUGGAUAACGAAAAGUUAAUGCAGCUCUUUGUUUCCAUGUUAAAGUUUUAAGAAUAGCUUUGUUCACACUCAGUGAUUCCAGCUUGUUAGAGGCAUUGUGCACUUGACACUAAAACAGGAACCCGGUACUAUUUAAAUCUGCACAGAUUUUGUUGCUAAGCUUCUGAUUUGUUUCACCAUUGACUGCCAGUUCCCCUUAUUAUUGUUAUUUCACUCUUGCUCAGAGGUUCUUUGUCUCGUUCUUUCAAUCUGUCAAUAAAUCAGUUUUUGAAAUCUCCCACAAACUCAUCACAGACCUCUGUCCCUCCAAAUGUGGUGCUUUCAGCUGUGUACAUAGUCCUAAAAAAAUAUGGGUUAACAUGAUUUUGGUCAGUAUUUCUGCAGAAAAGCAGCAGAGUAGCAUGAGCAGUGAUCUGGCUGAACGGACGAAUAAAAGAGCUCCAACAUCAACACACAGUAUCUCACUCGUAUUGUUUGACUGAGGUGAUCUCUGGAAAGUGGAUCAGUAACUACAGCUGUUGUGCUCCGUCGAAUUGACUGUUAUCAUUCGGGUGCUAGAGGACGAGGACAGAGAGAGACAUGAAGACAAACAGAAGGAGCUGAGGGAAGGUGUGUGUACGCUUAUUUAAUGGAAAGCUUGUCGGUGUGAGAACGAGGUGUGGAGCGUGCUCAGUGUGGUCGCCAAGCCACCUCCUCCAACAGGCUGAGUCAUUCAGACACAUGGCGUCCCCGUGCUAACAACGGGAUGUGUGUAAGUGUCUGUAUGCCAGUAAGGCAAAUGGUGUGUAGGUGCUGUUGUGUAUGUGUGUGUGUGUGUGUCAGAUGGAGGCACAUGGAUGUGCAUGUGCCCCGGCGACGUCAAGAGCUCACACACAUCCUGUCAACAUUAUGCUUUUUGAAUUGUCAGUAUGAAUCUUUGACGGCAGAGAUUUGUGGGUAAAUUCCCACUUUUCAAAUGAAAGCAUUCGCAGUUAGAAGAUUGUAAUGAUCCCAAAAAAAAACCUGUGAAACACCGUCUUUAUUAUUGUCAGAACUACAUCCAAGAGCUACAUAAUCAUUCCAAUAAAAUACAAAGAAAUC